AUGGCGGAAAUCUUAGAUAUAAAAAAAUCGAUUAUUUUUGAUGAGUCUAUUGUGCACUGUGAAGCUCAUUCACACCUACCAUACGCAUCAUCAACAUUUAACAACAGUGAUGAAAUAAGGAUUGCUGUUCAGCAUCAAGAUCUGUGCUUGCUCCCAAGCAAGAGCACAUUACAUUUUUAUGGAAGAGUGAGGAAAGCUAAUAAUACUGCUGUGAGUGCUACUACAAAGAUGAUCAACAUGGCUGUCUGUCAUAUGUUUGAAGAGAUACGUUAUGAGUUGAAUGGUGUAGAAAUUGAUAGAUGUAAGAGUGUUGGUAUUACCAGUGUUAUGAAAGGAUACGCUUCUCUGAGUCCGGGACAGCAAAAUAUUCUGGAAAAUGCUGGUUGGAUUGUUAAUGAAGAUAAUAAUAAGUUGACCAAUGCUAAUGGCUACUUUGAUGUCUCAGUACCGCUGAGUUUUAUCCUAGGAUUUGCUGAAGAUUAUCAACGAGUUAUUGUGAAUGCUAAGCAUGAAUUGAUACUGAUCAGAUCAAAUACUGAUCAAAAUGCUUAUGUUGUUACCGUUGAGGAUGAAAAUGUUUCAAUUACGAUUCAAAAAAUUGAGUGGAUUGUACCGUAUAUAACAAUGUCUGACAAGUAUAAAAUUGAGGUGUUGAAUUAUAUAACCUCUGAUCCAGCUAUCCCAAUCAGUUUCCGGACUUGGGAACUGUAUGAGUAUCCACUGCUACCAGCUACAACCAAUCACAUUUGGGCAAUUAAAACAACAAAUCAAUUCGAGAAACCUCGUUUUGUCAUCGUUGGAUUUCAAACAGCAAGAAAGAAUCAAUCGAAUCAAAAUUCAAGCGAGUUUGACCAUUGCAGCAUAAGAGAUAUUAAGCUCGUCUUGAACUCUCAGAGUUAUCCAUAUGGAAAUUUGAACCUCAACAUUACGAAUAAUCAGUACGCCUUGAUGUAUGAUAUGUACACAAAUUUUCAAAGUGCUUACUAUGGAAAAGAAGCUGAACCGCUAAUGGCUAAGAAAAAUUUUUUUAAUAAAGCACCUCUGUAUAUAAUUGACUGCUCCAAGCAGAACGAGUCAAUCAAGUCUGGGCCUGUGGAUAUACGUCUGGAGUUUGAAUCAUCAGCACAGUUUCCAAAUCAAACUGCUGCUUACUGUUUGAUAAUUCACGACCGAAUAAUUGAGUACAAUCCCAUCAGCAGCACUGUAAGAAAACUUACUCAAUGGUACAGUUUGAUCCUAAGCCUACCAUACAUUAUAUGUAUGUGUGGGACUUUGCAUCCAGACAAGCAAGGAAAAGUUCAUGGGAACAAGCAGCAAGAAAUAGAGAACGAUUUCACCGACGAAUACAAGAAUUAA